GCAUUCACUGGAGUGUCACGUGGUGUAAAUGGACCAAUGAGAGAACGCGGUUUAGACAACCCGGAAAAAAAGAUUUUGUACUGACAGCCUGACCCAGUCAGUCCAUGGCUGACCACCAUGACCUCGUUAGCCUCGUCCCCCCACAGGCGUGUGGUGCAGCAGCUGCAGGACACAGCUGGUUCCCUGGACCCCCUCCACCCAAUUAUUCCUGCACCUUGACCCCCGAACUGGUGGCCAAAGCUCGGGAAGAGCUCCAGGAGAAGCCAGAGUGGCGUCUACGAGACGUCCAAGCGCUGAGAGACAUGAUUCUGAAGGAACAUCCCAACCUCAGAACCAGGCUGGACGACGCCUUCCUGCUGCGCUUCCUGCGGGCCAGGAAGUUCGACUAUGACCGCGCCCUGCAGCUGCUGCUUAAUUACCACGCGGGCCGUAAGGCCUGGCCGGAGGUCUUCCAGGACCUGAAGCCGUCCACUGUCAAACACGUCCUGGACCUGGGUUUCCUCACCGUCCUGCCGAGGCCCGAUCCCAACGGGAGAUACAUCCUCUUCCUCCGACCUGGGAAAUGGAAAGCCGACGACUAUCCCUUUGUGGACAACGUGCGAGCCAUUUAUCUGACUCUGGAGAAGCUGAUCCAGCCUGAAGAGACGCAGGUGAACGGGAUCGUCAUCCUCGCCGACUACACGGGGGUGGGAAUGUCACAGGCAUCCAAUCCAGGCCCUUUUCUUGCUAAAAAGGUGGUGAGCAUUCUGCAGGACGGCUUCCCCAUCAGAAUCAAGGCCGUUAACAUAAUUAACGAGCCUCGUAUUUUCAAAGGCAUCUUCGCUCUAAUCAAGCCGUUCCUGAAGGAGAAGAUGGCAGAGAGGUACGUCCUCCACGGCUCAGACCUGCGUUCUCUGCACCGGAACAUCCCACCCUCCGUCCUGCCGGAGGAGUACGGCGGCCCCGCCGGCCGGCUGGACGUCAGCGCCUGGUCCAGGCUGCUGCUGGACUGUGAGGAGGAAUUCAUCGUGGAGUUCUGCCAGCCGGAUCCACUAAAGGGCGUAGUGCUCCCAGAGUCCAUGCUGUUUGAUGGAGAAGAGGCUGCAGGGAAGGAGGAGGACACCUUCAGAGGGCUGCGCUCUCAGCUUUACUACUGUUACUGAUGUUCCCACAGCCAGUCACUGAGGGAACCUGUCCUGUUUCAUCUGAAACAUCCGUUUAAACCUUUAUUGGGCGACUUGUCAAUACUCUACAUCAUAGAUUUUACACUAUUUAAAAUCCACUUUACUUUCAUAGGCGUCCAGUAUUUGGUGGCCCUCCAAGGCAGCUCCACGCUUUCUGCUGAAGACACGAACUGACUCGAGUUCAGACUCUUUUCCUGUUUUUUUUCACCUCCACUGAUGGUUAAAUUAUAAAUUUAUUUUCUUCAACAGUUCCAUGCUUGGAUGGUUAUCACUUCUUUAGGGUAUGAAAUCUACUUUAAUAGAUAAAAAUAUAAAAAAGAUCAAAGUUUUUUUCUUAGAAUCACAAACUCUAAGUUGUUCUGUUACAAAGACUCCUUUUAGAGUUUAUUUGAAUCUAGUCGGGUAAAUUUUCACAGCUAGAAAACAUUUGAUGGUUGGAUGUUUAUGUGUCGGAUUUAAAAGCUACAAGAUAUUUGUAGAUAAAAAAAAAAAAAAAACAUAUCAGAUGGUAAUCAAUCUCUCUAAUAAUUGACAUUUUUGUGUAGAUUCAGUCAUAUUUAUUUUUUAUGUUUUUGUUUUUUUCAGCCGAUUCUAAUUUCUUAUUUUCUUUGAAGUUUGUCCCAACCGUUAUGCUUUUUUAUCCUCACUAUACCCUGAAUCUUAUUUUUGAAAAUCUCCAAAAAGUCAAUCGGCAGCUCCUGAUUGAUGCGUUAAUAGACCAAACAUGUUCGUAGUUUAAUUGCAUUUAAUCAACCGAGCUGAGGUGCAUCUUUGAACUUUUUGUUCUGCAUCUUCUCUCUAUCUGUGCUACAUUCCUGCUAUGGAUGAAUCAAAACUCUCACUACGGUCAAAUACUUGUAUUCAUAAAAACAACGUGAUAAUCUGGACUGAUGCCACUUCUAUGUCUGACAAAGAUACCAGUAUCAAAACAGAGAUCUUGGCUGUAUAUGGAGUGAACUUUGGUCCAUCAUUUUAGCUAGUUUCGUAAAUGGAAAUUUGGAAGAAAAAAAAUGCAUUCCAUAAAUUAAACUUCGAAAAUAGUAACUUUCAUCAAUGUUUUUAUUUUAGAUUUUUUUUUCCUAAUUUAAUUUUGUAGAAUAUUUUUCAAAUUAAAAUUUUUUUAUGUAUAUUUUUUAGAUAGUUUUACGAAUUGCAUUCUUUUUAAAUUGUGUUUAGAGAUUACAUCAUUUUAUCUCUGGAGGGAGGAGUGGAAAAGCAUUUUCCAAUUGGUCUGCUGGAUGUUAGCAACAAGUUAUUAAUUAUUAACAAGUUAUUAAUUAAUUGAACUGGGUUUAAAAUGAGGAGAAGGUGAUUUGCAAAACACAAUUUGAAAAGAAUGCAAAUCAUAAAACAAAAUCUGACAAUAAGAAACUAUAAAAUGAGAUCUGAGAAAACAGCCAAUUUGCUCUUGUAACAUUUUUUUGAUUAAGAUGUUUUUCCAUUUCUGCGUUUAAGUUUUUCAAAUUUCCAUUUAAAAAACAUCUUUUUUGCUGACAACAAUAAUAGACCGAAAUUCACUCCAUACUUCUCCCUGUAUUUUUUGCAGCUGUUACAUCUUUAUCAAUAUGUACUGAAGUAUUGAGCCAGUUUGGAGAAAAUCAGCAGCAGAAAAUACAGAUAUUUGUGUUUAAAUGUAAAGACUAAUGUAAAAAGACCUCAGAGAAAUAGGUAGUCAAGUAAAGUACAGAUACCAAAACAGCUACUUAAGUACAGUAAAGUAUUUAUACUUGGUUACUUGAGACCUCUGUAGUUCCAGUGGUUUUUGCGCUUGCAUCAUCCCACAGUCCAGCUAAAAACAUAUGAGGACAGUUUAAACAUGCAACCAAUGAAAACAUUGCCUUAAAUUGCUCUGAUGGUUGGGUUACGCUGUUUUUUUGUUGUUUUUUUUGCACCUUAGAUUUGUUUCUGUUGUUGUCCAGAGAGUUUGAAGUUCAUUAAAGGUGGCUGCUAGUUCAGUUUCAAAGACUUUGUUUAGUCAGUCUUUAGAGUUUUGUUUUUUUUAAGUUUAGGUAAUCUGCCUUAUAUUUGUUUUUGGAUGAUUGUCUUAAAAAAAUGACAUAACAUGACUUUAUUGACAUCUGACUUGCCAAAUUGUGAAUGAAAGUGCAAUAACAUUGUCUGGAUCGUCUCUCGUGUGUCCGACGUUGAUAUUUAUGUCCGACCUUUUAUUUUAUUUUUUUUACAUAAUUCAUUCAUGUCUGUGACUGAGCUGUAUAUUUACUGCUGAUGGUUAAGACAGUAAAGCUGUUAUACAGAAA